UGCAACGUCAAGCCCUCGUGACUCUGCGCAGCCAUAUUGAGGCAGGACCAUUUACGGCGCUUUGCUUCUCUUGUCUUUCCUUCUUGUCAUUUCAGUACGGUUUUGUUUGCGGUCUAAUAAUUAUUUUGAUUAAACACUUAUUCAGCGCGCGUUGAUAUCUGCGGGAAUCCCGCUGCUGGGCUGGCCGUGUCACGUGUCACGCGUUAGCGUCGGUGUCCGUGUGUGAGCGGGCAGAGGAAGAGCAAGAAGAGGACUCGUCGGUCGGCAGAGCCCGUCGUCGCUCCCACCCACCGGUCCAACAUGUCCUCUCGGAAGAAGGUGCUCCUUAAGGUCAUAAUACUGGGUGACUCGGGGGUCGGUAAGACCUCUCUGAUGAACCAGUAUGUCAAUAAGAAAUUCAGCAACCAGUAUAAGGCUACGAUUGGCGCAGACUUCCUCACCAAAGAGGUCAUGGUUGACGACAGGCUGGUCACUAUGCAGAUCUGGGACACGGCAGGUCAGGAGCGCUUCCAGUCGUUGGGAGUGGCCUUCUACCGUGGAGCAGACUGUUGUGUGCUGGUGUAUGAUGUGACCACACCCAACACUUUCAAGACCCUGGACAGCUGGAGGGAUGAAUUCCUGAUUCAGGCCAGCCCCCGCGACCCAGAGAACUUCCCCUUUGUGGUGCUCGGCAACAAAAUUGAUUUGGAGAACAGACAGGUAACAACAAAGAGAGCUCAGGCCUGGUGCCAAAGCAAGAACAGCAUCCCUUACUUUGAGACCAGUGCUAAGGAAGCCAUUAAUGUGGACCAGGCUUUUCAGACAAUCGCCCGCAAUGCCCUCAAACAGGAGUCAGAGGUAGACACAUAUGAUUUUCCAGAUCAGAUCAAACUGAGGGAUGACAAGCCAGCCUCAACCAGCGAUGGCUGCAGCUGCUGAGUAUGUGCUGGGAAAACAGGAGAAUGGAAGAGCAGGGAGAGGCAUGAGGGGAGGGGCUACUACACAGGUGGACAUCCUUUUUCAUCUGACAUGAUUCUGGAUCAAAAGCAAAAAUCACUAAAUAUACAUAUGUACAUUCACACUUUUUUAUCUACAGUGUUCUCCCAAAAGACUUUAGGCUUAGACAAACGGAGCAACAUUUAGAAACCAACAAAAAACGGUUGCAUAGUCUUUGCUUUCCAGGCAUCACUAUUUUAUUGCUACUUCUGAAAUGCUGAUAACCCAACUCCAAUCAUUUUAUGCAGUUCUCAUUUGUAGCAGAUUUUUUUUAUAUAUUUAUAAAACCUUUUUCCCCUCUUUAGAUUCUGUCCAGGGCACAGUCAUGCACACCAGUGUCUUAUGAGUAUGUCUUUCAUUAGCGUGCCUUGCAUCAUCCUCAAUCUUGGAUUUUUUUUUGUCACAUUAUUGUUGUGGCUGAAAGACUGAUUCUGACUACCUGAAUCAUAGCUGAUGCAUUAGAAUAGUAGUAUCUGCCCUUAAACUGUACACAUCUGUUUAAUUGCAUGUUGUAAAGGAACACACAGGAAAGUUUGUUUGGCAAGUUGUAUGUAAAAACCAUGAUAACAUGGCAUGUGGGAGUAGCAACUGAACUCCCCUGGGAAGAGCUGGAGAUGGGUAUUGAGGAGGGAUGUGCAGUCUUUGCUUACACCAUUAUCAGAAGUACAAGUAAGGCAACAUACACACUGAGAAAAGGCUGGUAUGUGGAGUUAUUACAGGCAUGUCAUUUGCCAGUCAGUUUGGCUUAUGCCUCAUCCAUUGCCUCUGCUUUCCCUUCACCCUCAUUCCUUUGCGGUAACACCUCAAAGAACACAAGCAGGCUUUUUGCCAAAUUCUUAGAAACCACUGCUAUUCAAGAUUAUUUCUCCCCCCCAUUUUGCUUGUCUUAGUUUGACACAAAUACAAAGAGGAAUGUGUGAUAGAAUAUCUGUUGCUGAACUCUAAGCAAAGAGCAGCAUUUUCAUUCCACACUGCACUUGCAAGCACAGCCUUUCCUCCUCUCUCCUUGUUUUGUAUUUGUGUAUCUAGUUACUGUAUAUCAAUAUCUGUAUUGGUUUUAUAUAUGCCUAUAUUAAAACAAAAUGAACUUUAUUGUAUGUAGUAUAAUGCCAUAUCUUUUGGCAAAGCUGCCAUAUCACCUGUUAAUAUAAUUUCCAUGGAAAAAAGCAAGUUAAAUAAAAAAAAAUUUAUGAAC